AUGCCCACGCGGAGAGCGGUAAAGUCCGCUGUAAAGUUCGCUGUAAAGUCCGUUGUAAAGGCCGCCCCUCGACCGCGGCAGAUCAAUGCUGUGGUGGUAUCAAGUGGCCUCAUGGCAAAAACAGUAAAAAAAUAUAGCGGAACCUCGCACGUCCUCGUCCACGACCCCAACUCCUCUCUAAACACCGGCGAUGUAAUCUCCAUAUCACCUGGCUGGAGAACCUCCAAAAGUAUUCACCACGUUGUAUCCUCUAUCAUUGCCCCCUUCGGCACUCCCAUCUCCGAGCGUCCGCCGAUUCCAACCGCAGAAGAACGAAUAGCCGAACGAGAACGCAGAUUAAUGGCGAAGCAUAUUAGAAAGGGGAGCUGGCGUCGUUGGGGGUUUGAGCAGGAUCCGAGGGGCAUUGAGGGCGGCGAGUGGUUUGUAGAGGGGUUUGGAAAGGAGGAGGAGGCUAAGGCGGGCGAAAGUGUGGUGGAGAAGUAA